CUGCAAGAAGCCAGGAUGGGAAUGCAGAGCGUGGCAGUGGCUUGUGGGGCACUGGCCUUGUGCCUGGCACUCAGCACAGCCACCAACCCCGGCUUCGUGGUGAGGAUGACCCAGGCAGGCUUGGACUAUGCCCAACAGCAGGGGAUCGCAAUCCUGGAGAAGAAGCUGGCUCAGCUGAAGUUGCCAGAUAUUUCAGGGAACUCUCGUGUCUUGCAUGUGGGGAAGGUGCGCUAUGAGUUCUCCAGACUGCGCCUUCGUGAUUUCCACUUGCCAUACUCACGGAUUACCCCGAUCUCCAAUGUAGGCCUGCAGGUCUCCAUCUCCAACGCCUUUGCUGAGCUGGAUGGCGACUGGCGGGUGAAAUUUCUCUUUAUGUGGCUUUACAGCCUCUUCCACAGCGUUAUUGAGUCCAAGUUGCGGAAGAGUUUAGAGAGUAAGGUGUGUGACAAUGUGGUCGAGUCUGUGCACAAUGAGCUCCAGACAUACAUCCGGACGCUGAGAGUCACAGCCAGGAUAGAUGACAAGAUAGGAAUCGAUUAUUCCUUGGUGGCACCCCCAAGAGCUACUGCCCAGUCCCUGGAUGCAGACCUGAAGGGUGAAUUCUACUCCCUGGCCCACCGCACCACCGUCCCCUUCUCACCGCUGCCACUGGCCUUCCCCUCGGAUCACGAGCGCAUGGUUUACUUUGGAGCCUCCAGCUACUUCUUCAACACAGCUGGCAUUGCCUACCACAAGGCUGGGGCACUGGUCUUUGAAAUCACAGAGUCCAUGAUGCCAAAGGAAACAGGAUUCAGCUUGGAUACCUCUUCCUUCUCAGCCUUCAUUCCCCAGCUGGAGGAGAUGUACCCAAACAUGCCAAUGAAGUUCAGGCUGUCCACUCCCACUGCUCCAUUCCUGACUAUUGGACCAGGAGGAAUCUCAUUCCAGCCCAUUGUGGAUGCCCAGGCUUAUGCCAUCCUUCCCAACUCCAGCCUGGCUCCUCUCUUCCUCCUCAGCCUGACAGGGAACGUGUCCGCUGUCAUCAACGUGAGAUCCGGCCGCAUAGCUGGGAGCCUGGAUGUGGGCAGGAUCAGGCUCUCUCUGAAGGAUUCAGCUGUCGGCCAUUUCCAGUUGAGAAUGAUGCAGUCCUUAAUGAACAUCCUGACUUCCAAUACUCUGCUCCCUCGUCUCAAUGCCCGUUUGGAUGAGGGUUUUCCUCUGCCACUUCUGGACAGGAUUCAGCUCUCCAAUAUCCUUAUGAGGUUCCACCAGAAUUUCCUGCUGCUUGGAGCAGACGUUCACUUCCAGCCCCGGGGAUGAAGAUAAGGCUAUGAGAGCCCUCCAGCAGUAAAUAUGUUUCAUUCAUCACUCACUUUGCCUAUCUCUGCAUGAGCCGAAGACUACCAGUCCUGACACUGUCCUGCACUGCUGCCUUGGCUGGGACCCUCCAUGGUCCUGCUGGGGCCUCACCUGGUGCUGCCAUGAGAUAGGGGUCACCUGCCCUGGGCCACCCGCUCCCCUCCUUCCUCUGAGCAGCAAUAAAGGCAUUGGUGCUUGGGAUAUGCCA